AUGCCAAAGUCAAAAAAUAAGACAAAGCCUUUAAAUAGCUCUUUGAGCUCUUACUUUCCAUUUGUCCCUGGUAACGAAAGAAAAAAUGCGACAGCAAUCGCCACGGCUUCAUUGGAAAAUCUGGUUGCCCCUCAAGAAAAGCGAGUAGUCCCUAGAAAGAAGUUUACGAGUAUUAAUUCAAAUACACGUCGUGUAGAAAUUUCCGUACAAAGAGAGUCAGAGGAAAUAAAAAGUAAAGAGGAAAGUUCUUUGGAAAUAACGAAGAGAACGUUGAGUCCGCGUGCAAUUCAAGACAACGUUUCUUCGAUAAAAAAAGAAGAGAAUGAAGAUUGUGACGUUAAAUUAAACUUUCAAAAUGACGAUACUUCAUUGAAAAAAGACGAGAGAGAUCAAUGCUUCAAGAAGAAAAUAAACCUAUUAACUUUACAAGAUGAAUCUUAUGAUUUUAUGUCGGAUGAAGAAGUGUGGACCGAUAAGACGAAGGAAAGAUGGCGAAAUAUGCAACGCGUUUCUUACUCCGUUGACGACUACUCGUUGGAGACAGUUUCUGAAGAAUUUCCUUUAACCGAAGAACAACUUAGAGUAUAUCAUUUGGUGCUGAAUUCCCGAGAUUCGUUGUUUUUUACGGGAUCUGCAGGAAGUGGUAAAAGUAUGCUUCUUCAAAAAAUCAUUGCUGCACUAAAAAAGAAGUUGGGGAGUGAUUCCGUAGCAGUUACUGCGCCAACGGGUGUAGCGGCAAUAAAUAUUGGUGGAAAUACGUUGCAUUGGUUUGCUGGGAUUGGAAAAGGAGAUGAAAAGGAAGAUGCGCUUAUUAAAAAAGUCAAAAGAAAUAUAACAGCAAAAAUGAGAUGGACCAGGGUUGAAGCUCUUAUAAUCGACGAAAUCUCAAUGUUGGAUGGAGUGUUGUUUGAUAAACUUGAAUCUAUCGCAAGGAAUGUUAGGAAUAGCACUCUUCCAUUUGGGGGCAUUCAAGUGAUCGUCACUGGUGAUUUUUUCCAACUACCUCCGAUAUCAGAUGGCAACAAUGCCGUCAAGUUCUGCUUUGAGGCAAAUUCUUGGGGCAAAUGUAUCAAACAUACAAUACAAUUAACCCAAGUCUUUCGUCAGAAGGAAAUGGAACUGAUAACGAUACUUAACGAUAUGAGGGUUGGAAAGGUGACACCAAGUUCUUCGGAACUCAUUAAGAGACUGGAAUGUGAACCUGACUAUCCGGAUGACGGAAUACUUCCUACAGAGUUAUUUCCACGCAAUGUUGAAGUAAACAACGCGAACCUAGCGCAAUUAGCAAAAAUAAAGCAUAAAUCGUAUUCUUUUUACGCUAAAGAUUGGCAGCCAGAUAGGUUUGGGCAGCUAGACAAGUUAGAUAAGAAUUGCUUGGCCCCGAAAGUGUUGACAUUGAAGAAGGACGCCCAAGUGAUGCUGAUCAAAAAUUUGAAUAAAGAUUUGGUAAACGGCUCUAGAGGCGUGGUAAUUGGUUACCAGUCAAACUCCACCGAACAACAAUUUUUAAAUGGUGAAGAUGAAGGAUUGCCGGUAACGGACAUAGAACCUAUUGUAAAAUUCGACAACGGACAUGUGAUAGUUGUAAAAGAAGCCGAAUGGACCUUAAACGGAAUGGGCGAUACGAUAUUGGCAAGGCGUCAUCAAAUCCCGCUGAUUCUUGCGUGGGCAAUUAGUAUCCACAAAAGUCAAGGACAAACCUUGGCUCGCGUUAAAGUUGAUCUCACCAGAGUUUUCGAAAAGGGACAGGCCUACGUGGCUCUAUCCCGAGCCAUCUCAAUCAAAGCGAUUCAAGUAGUUGGCUUUAAUGAUAGAAAAGUGAUGGUCCAUGAGAAGGUUAAAAACUUUUACAAAUCUCUUCCCGGGGUUAAAAAUGAACAGGACGAUCAGGGGUCAUCACCCGAAAAUUCCGAUCAAAUGUUGAAAUCAAAGACUCAAGAAGUAGGCUGUGGGAGCUCUUCUUGUUCGGUGAAUAAUGAACCUCCCCAUCCAACGGUAAAACGCGAGCCGGACGAGAGCAUUUGUUCAGUAGAUAUUAAACCUUAUCUAAUGCAUAAAACGGUAAAACGCGAGUUGGACGAGAGCAUUUAUCCAGUAAAUAAUGAACCUUCUCAUACAAUGCAUUCAACGGCAAAACGCAAGUUGGACGACGAGAGCACCAUUUGUUCAUUGGAUAUUUCCCAUCCGAAAGCCAAACGCAGGAAUCUGAAACUGAAUUGGGGAGAUGAAGUUGGACGUUUUUCGGAUGAUAAAUA